UGUGAAGCCUUCAAUCAGAGAAAUGCUGAAGCCAUUGGAAAGCGGGAGAAGUUCAAGCAGACUCCCAACCUGUAUGUGUUGGACGCCUUUGUGGUGACUCCCAUGACCAGGCCAGGGCCCUGUGAAGCGCAUGAGCAGGAUAGCCAAUGCACCAUAGCCAAGUUCGCUCUCAACCAGCGCCAGAAGGCGGAGGAGCUGGGAGACAACCCUCGGCAGGUCCCUUCAAUGCGGCUCUGGCAAGCCACCUGUGGUGCGGUGAUGGUUAUGGAUGAGCAAGUCAAGCCCUUUUCCAGUGAAUGUGAGCUGGAAGAGUUGAAGACUUUGGUUGAAAGUGAGGUCCAGCCAGACCGCCAUGUCGGCAUCACUGCUGUGUUGCCCUCUACCAAGGGUGUUGAUGUCCCCAAGUCUGCUGGCGAAUUUACGCAAGUUCCAGGGAAAACACGUGGCAAGCUCGUCCCUCGCAUGUCGCAUGUCUUUUCCAUUGGAGUCAGCUGCCCUAAGCUGAAGAAGCAAGUUCGCACUGUAGAGUCUGCACCUAGUGUUGCUCCGACAGUUGUUUUGAGGUUUUCUACAGAAGCCAAGUACCAUGAGGAUCCGCGCUGGCGUGGCAUUGUUGACAACGCCGGUGGGGCUGCCCACAAAUGGAUCCAUGCCAAUGUCCCGGCUGCGACGCAGAGACAAAUCCGAGACAUCUGGAGUUGGCAAUUGCAGUCCUCCAAAGGGGGGGGCAAGGCUUUGAUCACUUCCCUCAUGAGAGUCGAGCUUUCUGCUGCCAAAACUCUUUUGAGUCUGUCCGGACAAGGAGCCUGGUUCAUUGAACCCUUGCGUUGGGAUCAGCCUGACAUCCCCACCUGCCAAGUGCGGUGGGAGAAGCGUCUGCCGGAUGAAUCUGGACAUGUUUAUGCCGCAAGAGUGUUAAGCAUGGCUGGCAACCUUGGCUUGGCCAGAGGCCUGAAGAAUCUCGGAGUCAGAGUCCCGCCAGCCAGCGACAAGAAGGUCGCUACGACCAAGGUCAAAACCUGGAAGGUCACUGGUGUUCCGAGAGAUUGGAGUCACGAAAGCCUCGUCCCUGAACUUGAGGCUGCUGGUUUGAGCAAUUUGCAACUCACUUCCAGGAAGCCACAUGGUCGAACGACGUGCCUUUUCUUCACUGCCGAGUGCGCGCAAGGGACUGACUUUGUUGAGCUGGUUUUUGGCAACAUCACAAUCACUGCUGCUGCUUUCAGCCCAAUGAAGAGAAUGCAUAGUGAGACCCAGCAGCUCAAGACUGUUUCGUCGCUGUCCUUCUCGCCUGCCUUUGGUCAGACCCGUGGAUCUGCUGAGGUUCAGCCAGCUCAGCGAUCUUCGUUUUAUGCUGCUUCCCCUGUUAAGAUGAAGCCCAAAGCUGCUGUAGGGCAUUCGCAGGACACCGCUUCCGCUGAAGCCACUGAGAAGCAACCGCCUGUGGCAGUUGAAGCUUCUCAGCCAAGUGAGGUAAAGGAUGUGGAAAUGACGUCGCCAGCCAAAGCAGCCACCAAGCGAAUGGGUGGCUCGCCUGAGAAGGCUGCCAAGCCGCCUAAGAAAAGGGCGGUUGUGAGAGAUGUGCCAAAGGGCCUGGCCCGGGUGCCCAACUCAGCGCAAGGUAAUUGCCUAUUUGAGUCCAUUGCGCAAGGUCUGAACCCUGACAAUCCAAAGCAUGCGCGUGCUAUUCGUGCUGCUGUGAUUGCUCAUUUGAAGCGCCAUGCCGACCGAUACCAACCUUGGUGGGACAAUUUGAGGCCGGAUGAAGAAAUCUGUGAUUCCUGGGAAGAGUACCUUCGCUUAGUCAGCAAGGCUGGAGCGUAUGCAGGCUGUCUCGAGAUUGCUGCUGGUGCAGCGCACUUCGACCGAACAAUCUUUGACCGGCAUUACGAGUACCUCAAAGGAGAUCUGAAUCCUGAGCUGCGAGCCAACGGCCCCAUGCAAGGAGGUCGUGGAGGAGGCAAGUCUAUGAGCUCGGGGCAGUCAGUGUCUGGCGCCACCCGGAUUUCUGCGUUGCCACCGGAGAGGGCACCCCAGUCGCGUGGCUCCGCAAGCCAGGCGCCAACACGUGUGUCAGCUUUGCCUUCGUUGCCGCAUGAUAGACAUGCUCAGAAGCGAUCUAGUGCCGCUGCGGGUCUUACCAGCAAUAGAGCGCCUGAAAGUGCCUUUGGCGAGUCUCUUCCGAGUGACAUUUUUAGCUUGAGUGGUGACCCUGCAUCGUGUAGUGAUGAUGAGUCUAAGCCUGCUGAAGCUGUUGCGAGCGCUAAAAGACAAGACUGGACUUGUCCCAUCUGUGGUUUUUGGACUGGUUUCAAAAAGCAUUGGACGACUGUGAAGAAGGACCACAUUCGUAGCUGGCAUCCUGAGAAGGCCAGUCAGCUUAGUUUGAACCCUCGUUUGCCGAAGCUGAUUCCGUACAGCAAGGACAAGUGCAACUGGAAGUGUCCUCUUUGUGAUCUAGGUACUCCUAUUGAGGUCAAGAAUUUGGAUGCGCUCCGCAAGAUGCGCUUGGCGCACGCCAAAGAGGUGCACCCCAGAGCCGCCACGAAGAGGUUUUUUGAUCAAGCGAGGAAGCGCCAAGAGUGCGCAAAGGGCAACGUCAGCCAAGACUUCAGCUGGCAACGCCAAGAAAUUGCUUGA